UUCUUACUUGGGGAAGAGUUGAAUGUUUCCAUGAUACAAACAUUCAUGAGGCUAUUAUACAAUGAUGUGAGGCGAUCUAGUCAGCCAAUCUUUGGUUGGUUAUGUCCAAGCUUUGUACGAGAUGACAGUUGCGUACAAAACGAAAAAGAGGUGAAAGUAUAUCUCAAGGAUUCUUUGAACGCAUGUUCUCGUCUUGGAUAUAAGAUCGUUCUUCUUCCUUACAUUGAAUCGAACCAUUGGACACUCAUUGCAAUAUGUGUGUCAAGUAACGAAGUCUACCACUUUGAUUCUUUGCGUAAAGGAACAAUACGGUCCUUACUAGUCAAAUCAUUGUUAAAUAGUGUGAUGAAGAAGAUUACUUCAUCUGGACUUCGACAAGGAAAAGCUCCUGUUUGGUAUUUAGUCGAGUGUCCGGUACAAGAAGGUGGACUUGCGUGUGGGUAUUACGUCAUGAGGUUCAUGCUCGAUAUCGUCAACUAUUGCAAAGAUGUUGUUGAUCUUCGAAAGGUUUAUGCUAGUUCCAAACCACGUUUGAGGAACUUCACCAAAGAAGAAAUUGACGAAGUUCGGGAUAAGUUGGCGUCCUACAUUACCGAUGAUUGCAUAGGAUGAGUUUUCGCUCCAAC